AUGGAUCCUUUUUCUAUAGCUGUUGGCGUGCUUGCAAUUCUGGGGGCUGCCAAUGGCGUCGCUAAAGUCGCUUCAGAUUUCUAUACUGUCGCUCGCGAAACGAAAGCGAUCCGCAAGGAUGUGGAAAACUUCGCGUCUAACAUCCAUACCUUUGGUUCAAUUCUGAACUCAGUUUACCAUACCAUAUCUUACCAUUGCAAAGAUUCCAUGGUAGUUCGACGACUUGACGAGACGCUGCAAGAUUUGGCCGAACAAAGUCAACAACUGACCGAUCGCUUACGGACUCUUCAGCCAAAAGUGAGCGAUCACGGAGCUGGCCCCGAAUUUUAUAUUCGGUAUCGUUGGUAUAAGGGCAGUCAAAAGCGGGAGUACAAUUGGGUGUGGAUGGAAAGAAUAAAGUCAUAUUUUGUGAUGAUUAUGCUUCAAGUUAUACUUGAAAGCUUGGAGAAAAGGCGAACUUCUGAUGACUCCGAAGAAUUGAAAGCCCAGAUGUGAGAGGACAAGAUUUGAAUACUCGAGCUUUUGAGAAUUUGCUAACUAAAUAUUCAGAAAAUAUCACAAACGAAUAAUGAUCAAGCAAAAAAAGAACAUUAAGAUAUGGACCACUCGAUGGAGAGAUGCCAAGGAUUCCUCAAAGAAUGAUACAUACGACAGCAUGAGUGAUAUUCUUGCCGAUGUGGAGCAAUUGGUUUUGGCUGAGGUCGCAACCAGUAUACCAGUACGAAAAACAAGCAGGGGUUCGAGUUCACGCUACCGGUAUUAUUUGGGAGAUGAUUCAAAGAAGAAGAAGGCAAUGGGAAGGUUCGCGAUACCGCCAUCCGACCAACCAGACCACUCGUCUGUGGAAUCAUGGCCACAGUCAAUGCAGCUAUCAUUAUCCGAAAGUGUACACCCGGCUCUUCACCCCACGACCGAGCAGGGUGCCAACGAAGCAGAGAACAUCACAUCAAUAUUGAAAUCACCACACGACUUGCCUGGUAGCGACACACAGGGCUGGAAUAAUAGCGAUUUCAUGGCUGUACGACCCUCAGAAAACUUCCUUCGCAUGAACCCAGAACAGGUUUCGGCAGCAAUAACUGGCUAUCUGGACGGGAACGAUAAUCCCAUCAUAGCGGGAUUGAAUAGGGACUUUCCGGAGAACAUCAUCUGGGAAAAUCUAGCGGUCCGUCUGGGUCUUCAUAUUGAACACGAUGAGGAUGAUGACCAGAGAGAAAUCGAGUUCGUUGGCAUCAACAACGGUAGUCGGCAACCGGUGAGGGGAAGGGUCAGCUUCAGUUGGAACGGAGGCUCUCGUCGAUACAAGAUGCCUGUCACCUGUCUUGUCUGUGAGCAUUGUCCGUUUGAGCUAGUUUUUGGCAGUCCGUUUAUCUCAAGAAGGGAGUAUCAUUUGCGCAGAGGGCCUAAGAAUGUUCCUUAACUCAGUGAUGGGUGCAAAAGUAUUCCUUUCAUCGAAGUUUAUAUCUGGCGUCAAAGCCUGGAAAAUUCACAACUUUUGGGUCUUGUAUUUACUGAAGAACUCAUAAAAGUUUGGCCCAGUAGGCUAAUUUUUCGACAUCAAGUGCUAUUAAGAUUCAUCUCUAAUGUAUCAUGUUCAAAUCCCAGUUCCAGCUGGCCCUGAGAUUGAUCCAUCAUCAGAUUCAUCUUGCAUUUUCCCAGACCUCAUUGAUGCCUCUAUUUGUUUUUGA